AUGUUACUACCCACGGGUGGAGUCGCACUUUGGCUGUUAGGCCUCUUCUUUCCAUUUUUCGCUGUAGGAUCUGCGCAUUCCAGCUCAAAUGCGGCAAGCAUUUUCAAUCUGCCUCUUCAGCAGAAUUCCAACUUCACAUUCGCUCUGAAUAUCCCCGAUGACUCCACAGACCUUUACUUCCACCUAUCUGGCCCGACCGCCUACUCAUGGGUUGCGGUUGGAACGGGGAGCGAGAUGAAAAACUCACUGAUGAUUGUACUCUAUUCCAAUGCGCAUGGGAACAAUGUGACCGUCAGUCCCCGUUUGGCUUCUGGGGAACAGGAGCCAGUGUACUCAUCUUCGCUCGCGGUCGACCUUCUCAAUGGAACGGGUAUCUAUAACAAUACAAUGACCGUGAAUGCCCGAUGCUCGAACUGCACCAGCUGGGCGACGGGAUCAUUGGAUCUACAGUCCACUACUCAACCCUGGAUUUUUGGGCUGGGUCCAACCGGCGGUACCGCUACGAUGCUACGGAGUAACUCCAAGACAGCCAGUAUCGAGAGGCAUUCGGAAUAUGGCGUCUUUACAAUGGACAUGGUCCACGCAACCGGCGGUUCAGGCGGACUACCGCUCUCUUAUACCACCUCAGCAGGCUCUGCGAUAAGCGGCUCGGUUACAAAUGACAGCAAUUGGCCUAGCAUCAUUCAUGCUAUAUGUCUUUGCGGUGCAAUUUUCCUUCUUAUGCCGACCGGUGUCAUCUUCCUACGCAUCUCCCCAAAGUCUGUGAGGUGGCACUGGAUAAACCAGAGCCUCUCUUCUGCUAUUGCCAUCAUCGGCACCAUAAUUGGGUUCUACCUCAGCACUAUGUUCACCAAAUCCCAAACCUACGGCUCGGCACACCAGAUCCUAGGUAUUCUGAUUCUCCUCACCAUCCUUGCUCAGUGGAGCAUGGGAUUUUGGCAUCAUCUAGUCUACAAGAGGAGUCAGUUGCCGACCAAGCUUGGUCCCAUUCAUCGCUAUCUUGGCUAUUUUAUUGUCUUUUUUGCCAUUAUCAACGGUGGCAUUGGGCUCACUUGGUCACACGCGUCUAAGUCUGUUGUCAUUGGAUACUCUAUUGCCGUGGCUGUCAUCGGGUCGGGUCUUGUCUUUCUCUUCGCUCUGGCAAGAUGGAACUCCAAUAGCGGGCAAAAAGGCUCCAUCAGUAGCCCUUAUGAGCUAGGAGAAUUCCAGAGUAGCAGAGAGUCUGACAGUUUCGUUUGA